AUGACAGCUACUAGCGUUGCCAUGCAAUCUCCUCGGCCCGCGAUCAAAUUAAAUGAAACCACAACAGAACCCACGUCUAAUAAGAGGAAAGCCUCCGACACAUUAAAAGACGGUGUUGCACACCGCCAGAAAAUCACCAGAGCCUGUGACUCGUGCAAAGUAAAGAAAACCCGUUGUACUGGUACUCUACCAUGCACAAGAUGUACACGACUGUCGCUACCAUGCAGAUACAAUGCCGCUUACUCUCGGGGCCUACCACCAGACCCUCUUCCUGCAUCCCCGAGUCCGCUUUCGACUCCAACUGGGCGUCGUGCAUUUGAGGAUGUGGAUGGGCUCACGUCCAGCCCAAAUUUACAAGGCAAUGGUCGGGACUCGACUGUGAACGACAAUCUACUUUCAGCCCCAAACAAAAACAAAAACCAACACCAGCAUGUGAUAUCAUCGCGGAAUUCACCAGAGCCAGGAUCAACGGACUUUGAGGGUAAUUACCUCGGUCCUUCAUCCGGUGUAUCGUUUAUCAAUCGUGUAUGGAGCCGUCUGCAUCAAGAUGAAACGACGCACUAUCCGGAUGAACUCCAGAAUGAGUCCUCGCGGAACACAGCCGUUUUUAUGUUUGGUGAUAAGCCUUACUCCAAUCCCCAGGAGGCGGAGUUUACCCUCCCGUCUCUGGAGAAGGCGCUGGAGCUGGUGGGAAUUUACUUCGAUUACUCUAUGGUGACUUAUCGGUUUGUGCACAGGGGCAAUGUGGAAGAGUGGACUAGACAGGUUUACCAAAAUAACAUCGGCCUCUCGAAUCUCCCGGUAGGAAAUAUGGUUGCUCGCACUGCCAUUGUUCUCAUGAUCAUUGCCGUGAGUACUUUGUAUGUGGAAAUGAAGCCUGGGGGAAUGCCUGGUGGGCGGGGUGAAAGGCUAGAAAGUGAGCGCUGGUACGCAGCAUCGAAAUACAUGUCUUCUCUCGAAUCAGGGCCGCCGCGACUAGAGACCAUCCAGGCCCGGCUAGGCCAAUGCCUAUAUCUGCUGUCAUCAUCACGGGCCAACGAAUGCUGGUACUCAUUCGGCACGACAGUGCAGAUUGUGACUGCACUCGGGUUACACCGGAAGGGACCAGCCAAAGCCUCGAAUAACGGAUGCUCGCAUCUAGACUCGGAGCUCCGCAGGCGCAUCUUCUGGAGUGUAUACACUCUAGACAAAUAUUUAAGCAUUAUGUUUGGAAGACCUCGACUGCUUCACGACGAGGACAUCGACCAACAACUACCGGAAGAGACGAAUGAUGAGGAUUUACUGGAAGAAGAUCCAACGCGAAGAACAGGAUCAACAGACAGCAUGAUGAUUGCCUCUGUUCUUCAUUACCGAUUCCCCCUCGAGGCCGCAAUCCGCCUAACCUCCGAACUGGAAAAAUGGAAAGAAACUGUCCCGCCCUUGUUUAACAGUGUUCACCCAACCAGUUUAAUCCCACCCCUCUGCCGCCAAAGCCAAGUCCUCCAACUCGCCUACUCCCACGCCAUGAUCCACGUCACCCGCUCAUUCCUUUUAAACGAUUUCACAGAUCUCAGCCGCAGACCGAAAGUCCCGCACCCGAUGGUCAGCUCGCACGUCCAGAAAUGCAUCCAGGCUGCCGAGGACAUCAUGACAAUAACCGAUGGUCUCGCGCAUCAAGGCGUGCUAAUCCAGUCUUUCUGGUUCACGCACUAUGUGUGCUUCUGUGCUGUUUUGGUCAUCUACAUCCAUACCAUCCAACAGCACCGUAAGUCAUUGGGCGGAUCUAGCUCAGUCUCAGUCUCUUCUAUCGGAAGCCCCAAUGACCGAGAUAAAUUGCGCCAGCUCUUUUCUCUCGCCGAGUCUUGUCAGCAACACCUCGCUGAAGCCACGCGUAAGAACUGCCCGAGUCGCCGCUACGGGAUUAUUCUGGAGGAGCUGAGACAGGAGGUUCAUCGGCAGAUUGGGUCCAAUGGGGUCUCUGUUGAGACUCGGACCCAUUCAUCUAAUGGAAAUGAUAAUUUCUAUGCCUCGGGAGAGACUUCACAGAAUACGAAUGUGAAAUCGGUUCUCUAUGACACCCAGGCGGCUGAUUUUAUGAUGCCCCCAGCUGACUUGGGGAUGAAUACGGGAGACGAUGCAGGCUUUCUUGAGAGUCUCGAGGGAUCGAUCUGGUGGGCUCAACUUGACUCAUGGGCUUUGUCUAAUCUCCCUAAUGACCCUUCUACGUUUAACUUUUAA